AAUCUUGAAUGAAAAAAGAGACAAAUCAACUGGGUUAUUGUCCUGAGUUGCGAGUGGAGUUCUGCAUUGUCGUUGUGUCAGGAAUAGAUUGAAUAACAAUGCACAUUUCCAGUGCUUCGAGUAUAACCAGAAAAUGCCAAUGCCAUCCACAACCAAUCUCAAUCUCAAUCUCACAGCAUUAUGUAGAGAGGGUCGGUUGAAGGAGGCGUUUCGCAUUCUCCUUACUGCACAUAACCCGCACGUAGAAUCUUGUACAUAUCUUGAACUAUUGCAGGCUUGCGUUUCCAAGAAAUCACUUUCGGAGGGUAAGCAAAUCCACUCCUACAUCUCUCACAGGGGAUUUGCAUACUUUGCAACCGCAUUUUUCCAAAAUAAACUCAUCAGCAUGUAUAUUAAGUGCGGAAGUUUACUUGAUGCACGCCAAGUGUUUGACCAAAUGAUUGAACGAGACGCUUUCUCAUGGAAUAUUUUAAUCAGAGGUUACAGAAGAGAUGGAUUUCCUCACGAGGCAUUAACGAUGUUUCAGCAAAUGAAACAAACAGGUGUCCAACCCAAUUUGUUCACCUUUUCCAGCGUACUUCCUGCCUGUGCGAAACUAAGAGCUCUGGAACAGGGUGUGAAGAUUCAUCAGAGUAUAAUAGAAAGCGGAAUUUUGUCAGAUGUACUAGCAAAUGCCCUCGUAGACAUGUAUGCAAAAUGUGGAUAUAUACAAAUGGCACGUAAGCUGUUUGAAAAAAUGCCUCAAAGAAAUUUGAUCUCGUGGACUACAAUGAUAGCAGGGUAUGCACAAAAUGGUGUUAUUGACGAGGCUAUAAAGCUUUUCGAAGAAAUGCCUCAAAAAGACGUGUUUUCAUGGACUACGAUGAUUACGGGAUAUACACAAAAUGGUUUUGUAGAAAAGUCACUCGAAACUUUUAAGCAAAUGCAAUUAGCAGGUGUAAAGCCAGUCUCUGUAACAUUUAUCAGCAUCCUCCCAGCCUGUGCCAAACUGGGAGCGUUACAACAAGGGUAUGCACAAAAUGGCUUUUGCGAUGAUGCUCUCAAACUCUUUGAAUUGAUGAAGCUCUCUGGCACAUACACUGAUCAUAUAAGCUUCGCUUGCGUUCUAAUAGCAUGCAGCAAUGCAGGUUUGGUGAGUGAGGGUUGUAAAUACUUCAACAGCAUGAGUGACUUGUAUUGCAUUACGCCUACAAUGGAUCAUUAUGUGUGCAUGGUUGACCUUCUUGCCCGUGCUGGCUAUCUUGAGGAAUCUUUAAACUUUAUUAUCAAAAUGCCAUCCAAACCUGUGGUGGGUGUGUGGACAUGUUUGCUUGGGGUCUGUAGAAGACAUAAGAAUACAAGAUUAGGAGUAUUUACAGCAAAUAUACUUUUUGAGCUGGAUCCUGAAAAUGCUGAGACUUAUGUUCUUCUGUCAAACAUGUAUGCGGAAGUUGGCAGGCGGGAUGAAGUUCAAAUGGUAAGGAGAGUGAUGGAAGAUAGAGGAAUUAAGAAGAUACCUGGAUGUAGCUGGAUUGAAGACCAUAAAAUGGUACAUGCUUUUACCAUCGGCGACAGAUCACAUCCACAGACACAGGAAAUUUAUAGUAUAUUGGAGAAAUUGUCUUGGGAGAUGAAAGCAGCGGGUUAUUUUCUGGACUCAAGACAUGUACUGAAUGAUGUGGAAGAGGAGGAAAAAGAAUUAUUCCUAUGCCACCAUAGUGAGAAGCUGGCAAUUGCAUUUGGAUUGUUAAACACAGCCGCCGGAACAACUAUUAGAGUUGUCAAGAACCUUCGGGUCUGUGUUGACUGUCAUACGGCAACCAAGUUUAUCUCCAAGAUUGUUGAAAGACAAAUUGUUGUGAGAGAUGCAAACCGAUUCCAUCAUUUCAAAGGAGGACAAUGUUCUUGCGGAGAUUAUUGGUGAUGUUAAAGGAAACAAUUUAUAAACUAACAAGAAGCACAGAUUUUAGGCUUGCAAUCAUAAGGAAGGGACCGGGUUUUAUAUUCAGUUUCCAAAAAUGAGUUUUAUUCAGAAUUUGAAGAUCUAGACCGUGCUGUUGACUUCAUAGAAUAAUAUGUUUGCAAUGCCUAUUUAUACUGAUGGGAUGUUUGUGGAAGCCCUGGUUUAUGAUACCAUGGAGAUAUGUUUCAUGACACUCUACUUUUUAUUGGGGAAAUCUGGAACGAAAAGCUCAAGGAGGGAUAGAGAUUGGAGAAAAGCAAAUGAAUGCUGGAAGGAAAUGAAAAGAUAUUUGGCCAAAAGAAAAUGUGAUAGAAGGGUUUCCGAUCAAUCCAAUGCUUGGAGAUAAUGAGGAAAGCAUCUCUUAAUGGUUUCUUGUUCAACCGUUGUCAUUUUUGUCUGGUCCUUGUCUGGACUGGUUUUAUUAUCUUGUGCCUAUGUGAGGUCUGCCAUUUGAAAUUGAAAUUUGAAUCACAAAUAUCUGAUCAUGUACAUAAAUUUAUAAAUAUUACAUGUAUAUUUUGUCUCAUAGUUAAGAGAUUUUAAUGUUUUUUCAAAUUGGAAAAACGAAGAAAGAAUUACAGAGAAGAACAGAGAAACAAACGGGGAACAGCUACAAUGCUGUAAAGCAUCAAAACAGUCCAACCACCCAACCAAAAUACAAACUAAUACCCUUAGCUGCAAAACAGAGCAUCAGUAAGAGUCUAAUAUCUUAGAUCUUGUGUAAUGCAGAGUCUGUCAUCCCAGGCCAGCAGAGUAGCCAAGAGAAAGGUAUCCAAACACCCCCAGAACGCUAGGCCAAGAGGCCAUGUCAACAGAGCUUUAUUGUUACAUGACUUUCAAUACAUUUUUUUGCAUAUACAGAAUCAAUGCAGCAAUGCUGCCAUUUCAGCAAUACAGGAUAUAACAGCAAUAAACAACACAUACAAUUCCAUGAGUAACAAACAGCUCAGUAUCAGAGUUCAGCAGAAAACAGCUCUGUGCCAAGAAAUCUCAGCCAAGAUUUUAAUGUUGCUUCAUAUAUUGUUUUUGUUUUUGGAAGAGACAUUAUAUAUUUAUGAACUCGAUUUUAGUAGUUAAAAUAUAUAAAAGUUUAAUUUACUAGUUUAAGGAGAAAAGAAGCUAGAAUGAAAAAUGGUUGAAUGAGUUUGAUGUUUUGAGAGGGCAAGAUGG